AUGGGUGAGAGCAUUUCGAUGCGGGCAAAGUCUCGCCUCCGGGAAGUAUGGGAGGCCAUGAAAAGGCGGAAAACGCUGGAUUCAUCAAGCCUCGAGACCCCGCUUCAUCGAUGCCUCAAUGUGUUCGAUCUGACGCUCUUGGGAUUGGGCAACAUGACUGGUUCUGGUAUUUACGUGCUGACUGGAACUGUCAUUCGAGAUCGGGCUGGCCCAUCGAUCUUCCUCUCCUAUCUCAUUGCUGGUGUCACGGCUUUCCUGAAUGCACUCUGCUACGCCGAGUUGGGAUCCCGCAUCCCCAAGGCAGGUGCUGGAUCGGCUUACUCCUACACAUAUAUUGCUAGUGGGGAGUUCCUGGCAUUCCUAAUUGGGUGGUCUGUGAUUCUGGAGUACGUCUUAUCGGUGGCGAGUGUGGCUAGGGGCUGGAGUGCCACCAUCGACACCAUAUCCCAGUCAAGAAUUAGCAAUGGUACCAUGGCUGUAUUCGGAACAUUUCCCGGGAACGCCGAAUUUCUGGGACAAUAUCCAGACUUUCUCGGAGCAGGAACAGUGAUUGCUUUUGGUCUGGUUCUCAGCUUCGGCGCAAAGCUUUCCGCCCACGUCAACUCAGUCAUGACUCUGCUGAACGUUAGUGUUCUUGUAUUGAUCACCAUCCUCAUGUUCGCACUACCAAACCCUAUAUUGCAUGGUAUCGCACCCACCUCUCACGGCGGCUUCUUCCCCUACGGUGUGGGUGGGAUGAUCGCGGGCGCCGGCACCUGCUUCUACGCCUUCAUCGGCUUCGACGCGAUUACCGUGAGCGGUGAGGAGGCGGUUGACCCCAAGCGAUCUGUGCCUGUGGCCACUGGGCUCUCGGUGACUCUCGUCACCAUCAUCUUCGUGCUGGCCUCCUCGAGCCUCUUGCUCUUCGUGCCCUGGUGGACGGUGGACAGGCAGGCCGCCUUCACUGCGGCUAUGCGAACACGGCAGAUUACCUGGGCCACGUACGUGGCUGGAAUUGGCUCACUCUUAGGCAUUGGGGCCAGUCUCUUCACAAGCCUCUAUGCGAUGCCCCGCAUUGUCUACGCUAUGGCUGUCGAUCGACUACUGCCCGAGUGGAUAGGCUAUGUGCCGCCCUCUACCAAGGUGCCCAUUGUUGCAAUGGCCAUUUUCGGAGGUCUUGCGGCCAUUCUGACACUCCUCUGUGACAUUCACACUCUGGCUGAAUUCCUCAGCAUUGGCACAUUGAUUGCCUUCACCAUAGUCUGCAUGAACGUUUGCAUUCUACGCUACUGCCACUUCGACAUAAACACUGCCGACGCGACUACGCUUCACCUGAAACUAGGAGGUGAUGUAAAGCCGGAGGAAAGUAUGUACGAGAUGAACGGGGCAGAGCUCUCCACACAGCGGCCGGUGGGCUCGGUGAAGCCGGAGUUCCAACGCCUCUUCACACUUCUGCCCGCGUGGCUGCCGCCGGGACGUGUGCCUGCUGUCGCACUGGUCGUCUACAUCCUCUGCGCACUCGGUGUUGCGGCGGUGGUGCUGGGGGGUUCAGAAUACCUCCUCGCCUGCGCCUGGUGGGCCAUCCUCCUCACCCUCUUCUUCGCUCUCCUCGCAGUCGCUACCCUCCUAGUCAUGAUAGUCCACGUACAAAAUACUGCCUUCGACACCUUCAAGGUACCGUUUGUACCCGCCGUUCCAUGCCUCUGCAUAUUUCUGAACAUGUGCCUCAUUGUGAAAUUGUCUCCUAUGACGUGGGUCCGCUUCUUUGUUUGGUCGGCUAUAGGUCUCGUCAUAUACUUCGCUUGGGGAUGGUGGCACAGCAAGGAGUCUGGCAUCUCAGGCGAAUCCGACCCCCUGGUUCAAUCAUCCUUCGAUGAAAACGUAAAGGAAGGGCAGGGACAUUAG